AUGAACCUUUCGAAUUUAAAGAAUUAUCAAAGCAAACAACUAGUUUAUCCACAUAGAAGAAAGUCUCUAAGCAAAGUCGUACUUGAUCAUAGCAUACCCAUCACCAUCCUCCAAGAAAUCAAUUAAUUGAUAGAUGAUUUACUCAAAUUGGAUGAAGAAACUGCGAUGUAAAGACUUCAAACUCUGGGUAAAUCAAACAAUAAAUUAAACUUAUUUUUGGACUUUAUGCAAACUGUCGAAGAAGACGCUGUUAGUAAUCUCAACUCUAACAACAAAGAUAAGAAGCUUAGUAGUGAAUAUCAAGAAACUAAGAAUAAUAAUAAAAGAGAAUUGACUACUGCAGAAUCCUAGAAAUGCAGAGGCACUACACCCAGAUUCAAAUAAGAGUCAAAUAUUGAUUUUGAUUCAAGUAGAAAUAAACUAGAAGAAAAUAUGGAUAGCAGGAAGAGGUCAAAUUUUCCAGGAUUUGAUCUCCCGUUUUCUCCCUAACCUAUUUCUUCCCCAGAUAAAAUGUUUAAUUAUCAAACCUAAAACACAAUAUUUUCCAUAAAAAAAUAAACUAUUACAAAAACAACUAGCCAAGCGUAGUAGGAGAAAUAGGCAGAGGAACUAAAAAAUUUGUAACAGUAACUAAUCGAAUCAAAUGAGGAGGAGAUACUAGUUACUGAGAGUUUUGAAACAAGUUGA